CGCGCUCUGGUGCCAAAAAUCAUUAUCUUUCAGCAAAGUACCCUUAGACACAAUCAAAGGCAGCAAGAUGGUUGAGUGGACGGAGUUCGAGCGCACUACAAUCACAAGCAUUUUCGCUAAAAUUGACUAUGAUAAAGUGGGCCCUAAGGCUCUUUCAAGAACCCUGGUUGUGUACCCAUGGACACAGAGGUACUUUGGUAACUUUGGAAACCUGUAUAACGCCGCCGCCAUAGUCGGUAAUAAGAUGGUCGCUGCUCAUGGAGUUGUUGUCAUUCACGGAUUGGAACGGGGUUGGAAGAACAUGGACAACAUUAGAGAAACGUAUUCCGAACUGAGCCACCUCCAUUCUGAGAAACUGCAUGUGGACCCCGACAACUUCAAGCUGUUCGCUGACUGCCUUAUCAUCGUCCUUGCUGCCGAGAUGGGCUCUGCUUUCACCGCCGAAGUCCAGGGCGCGUGCCAGAAGUUCCUGAAUGUUGUGAUGUCCGCCCUGGGCCGACAGUACCACUAAGUAUAGCCUAUGAACAAAUUAAAACGAGCAAAAAGAUCAUCCAGAAAUCAUUAAUUGCUGAUCAUUUGUUUAAAUGCAUUUGUAAAGUGAAUAUGUAAAUCAGCAUAAAAUAGGCAUAAUCAGCAAA